GUCACCGACACCGAGGGAAGCAGGUAACCAUCACCUCCAGCCCCAGAAGAUCCCCAGGAACCAUGAAGCUGCAGCUGCCCAACCCAGGUCUGGAGGAGCGGAUCCCGUCCCACCAGGAGCUGGAGAAGAUGGAGGUGGAGGAGGCCGGGGACAGACCCAAAUGGGACAAUAAGGCUCAGUACAUGCUGACCUGUGUGGGCUUCUGUGUGGGUCUGGGUAACGUCUGGAGAUUCCCCUACCUGUGCCAGAGUCACGGAGGAGGUGCGUUCAUGAUCCCGUUCCUGGUCCUGCUGGUCCUGGAGGGAAUUCCUCUGCUGCACCUGGAGUUUGCCAUCGGCCAGAGACUCAGGAAGGGCAGUGUGGGGGUCUGGACGUCCAUUAGCCCAUAUUUAACUGGCAUCGGAAUUGCAUCCAUGUUUGUCUCCUUCCUGGUUGGAAUGUACUACAACACCAUCAUUGCCUGGGUCAUGUGGUACUUCUUCAACUCCUUCCAGGAGCCACUGCCAUGGAGUCAAUGUCCUAUCAACAUGAACCGGACAGUCUGUGCAUCGCCCCCUGCAGGCCUGGUGUCAGAGUGCGCCAGGAGCUGCCCAGUGGAUUACUUCUGGUACCGGGAGACCCUCAAUAUAUCAACAGCCAUAGAGGAUUCUGGGGGCCUGCAGUGGUGGAUGGUUCUGUGCCUAAUAUGUGCCUGGGCCGUUCUCUAUGUCUGCUGCAUCAGGGGCAUCGAGACCACUGGCAAGGCUGUGUAUGUGACCUCGUCCCUGCCGUAUGUGGUCCUCACCAUCUUCCUGAUAAGAGGGUUGACCUUAAAGGGGUCUUUAAACGGGAUAAAGUUCCUCUUCACCCCAAAUGUGAAAGAGCUGGCAAACCCAGCGACCUGGCUAGAUGCUGGAGCCCAGGUGUUCUACUCAUUCUCCUUGGCCUUUGGGGGUCUCAUCUCCUUCUCCAGCUACAACUCAGUGCACAACAACUGCGAACAGGAUGCUGUGAUUAUUUCGCUGAUCAAUGGCUUGACAUCCGUUUACUCUGCCACCGUCAUCUACUCCAUCAUAGGCUUCCGUGCCACUGAGAAGUAUGGUGACUGCUUCAGCCAGAAUAUUCUGGAGCUGAUGAAUGCGUUCGGCCUUCCUGAGGGAGCCAUCGCGGAAAACAAUUAUACUGAAGCUCUACAUAAACUCAACAGCACACAUCCACAGACCAUUCAGAAUCUGACCCUGAAGACAUGCGACAUGCAGGUUUUUCUCAGCGAGGGAGUCGAGGGCACCGGGCUGGCCUUUAUCGUCUUCACAGAGGCCAUCACAAAGAUGCCGUUUUCUCCACUGUGGUCCAUCCUCUUCUUCAUCAUGCUCUUCUGUCUGGGGCUCUCCACCAUGUUCGGCAACAUGGAGGGUGUGGUCGCACCCCUGCAGGACCUCAAAAUCUUUCCUAAAAAUUGGCCCAAGGAGGUACUUACAGGUCUGACGUGUCUGGUCUCCUGCAUCAUAGCUCUGAUAUUCGUGCAGAGGUCCGGUAAUUACUGGCUGGCUCUGUUUGACAGCUUUGCUGGUUCUAUCCCAUUACUGAUCAUCGCGUUCUGCGAGAUGGUGUCUGUGGUUUACAUCUAUGGGAUAGACAGGUUCAACGAGGACAUUGAGUUCAUGAUUGGCCAUAAACCCAACAUCUUCUGGCAGGCAGCAUGGAGGGUCAUUAGCCCACUGAUCAUGCUAAUCAUCUUCCUCUUUUACUUCGUCACCAAAGUCAGGGAGACACUGAUCUACAAGGCUUGGGAUCCAGCAUCGAAGAACUUCUCAACUCUGGCAGAGGCGCAUUACCCAAAUUGGAUCUACGUUAUAAUAUUCCUCUUAGCCGGAUUACCCAGUCUUGCUGUCCCUUGUGUGGCUGUCUUCAAAUUCAUCAGGAAUUCCAGAAAGAAUGCAAGUCAGGAAUUCAAGACAAAGGAAGUCACCACCAUCUCAGCCAGAAUAGAAAUGAUAGAAAAAUGAACAAUGAAGACACUUUCAAAGGAAGACUGCGUAAUACAAAUUUGUUGAGCUUUGUCUGUUAGUUUUUCUUUUUUUUUUUGAUCGAUAAUCUUCUACAUUGAGGCUGAGCCUUGACAACUGAGCCAUGGAUUCACAGAUGACAGCAUGAGUUUCAAACUCAGGGAAACACGUUUUUAAACGUAAAAUAUAAUUGCAAAUAUGUUCGCGCCAAUAGAGAAACUCCUGUGAAGCUGGAUGUCACAUUGUUUAUGAGCUGAAUUCAAUGUAAGGGAAGGGAAGGGAAGUCUAUAAUCUAGUUAUAAUUUAAGCCAACUGCACAAGACAGACUUCCAGUGCCGUCAUCCCGAGGAUGACUUAGAAUAACAUUUUUAUUAUUGAUUCACUAAGGCAUGAACAUGUACAGUUAGUGUUACACCAGUUAAUAGGUCCUGUGAAAGUUGAACCAGGUACCUUUGCUUAAUAAAGCCCUCGGUAACUUGGUUACACACACAAGCAUUUAUGUUUUACAAAUACAUUAAGGCAGGAAUCAUGCUUGAUGGCUGCAAAUUUAAACUUCAACUUACACUGCAAUGAAAAUAACCAAACACACGAUAACGUUAUGGGGUAGAAAAAUGUUUUUACUUUGUAGUAAAAAUGUUGAAUUCUAAAAUGUGACAUGUUUAACCUUAACUAUUUGCUAAAAUAGCAAAAAUAUGCAUAUAUAUUUAAUAAUACUUAAAUACAUUAUUUUAAAUAAUUAGCUCUAGUAAAUAGCGCUAUUUACUUACUUGAGCAGUACAAGCAAUGAAAUUACUGUAUAAAGCAUAAAAGAUGUGCUGUAUUUAAAAAGGCAUACAGACUUAAACAUAAACUUAAACUGCAUCAUCUAUGGAACAGGUUUACACCAUAUACGGGAAGUGCAACCAAGCGUUUUUUAUAUUGCAAUUAUUUUUUAUAUCUCAGCUGUUACCAUAUUUAAUUUUGGAUUGGAUUCUGCAAUAGGAAACUGCAUUGUAGCCAUUUUCUAUCCAAGCUACGAAAUGUGGGUCGGAACUGCUGGAAAUCUCUGAUUGGUUGGUAAGAGGGUUUGAGGUGAUAGAUGUCAGAGACACAAAGGGGGCGGGGCCAAGGUGACUUUCAUUGCCUCAGUGGCCUGAAACUACAAGACAAUGAAUAUGAUUGGCUGGACAAGAAAGACGAUUCACUGGGGGAAGUUUGACUGGUUAUUAGAUUCUAAGUUCUAAAUGUAACCUCAUGCAUUUUUAAAAAUAAAUUCUUUAAAGUUC